GCAGCAGACACUACUACUGAAGCAGCCACAACUACUGCAGCAGACACUACUACUGAAGCAGCAACAACUACUGCAGCAGUCACUACUACUGAAGCAGCCACAACUACUGUUCCAGAUACUAAUACUGAAACAGCCACAACUACUGCAACAGACACUACUACCAAAGCAGCCACAACUACUGUUCCUGAUACUACUACUGAAGCAGCCACAAGUACGGCUCCAGAUACUACUACCGAAGCAGACACAACUACUGAACCAGCCACAACUACUGCAGCAGACACUACUACUGAAGCAGCCACAACUACUGCAGCGGACACUACUACUGAAGCAGCCACAACUACUGUUCCAGAUACUACUACUGAAGCAGACACAACGACUGUUCCAGAUACUACUACUGCACCAGACACAACUACUGUUCCAGACACUACUACUGAAGCAGCCACAACUAGUGGACCAGACACAACUACUGCACAAGUAACUACAUCUGAAGCAGUUACAACUACUGCAGCAGCCACAACUACUGUUCCAGAAACUACUUCUGCAGCAAACACUACUACUGAAGCAUCCACAACUACUGUUCCAGAUACUACUACUGAAGCAGACACAACUACUGUUCCAGAUACUACUACUGAAGCAGCCACAACUACGGCAGCAGACACUACUACCGAAGCAGCCAUAACUACUGUUCCAGAUACUACUACUGAAGCAGCCACAACUACUGCUCCAGAUACUACUACCGAAGCAGACACAACUACUGAUGCAGCCACAACUACUGCAGCAGACACUCCUACUGAAGCAGCAACAACUACUGCAGCAGAAACUACUACUGAAGCAGCCACAACUACUGGUCCAGAUACGACUACUGAAGCAGCAGACACUACUACGGAAGCAGCCACAACAACUGCAGCAGACACAACUACUGCUCCAGAUACUACUACUGAAGAAUCCACAACUACAGCAGCAGACACUACUACCGACGCAGCCACAACUACUGCAGCAGACACAACUACUGAAGCAGAUACUAUUACUGAAGCAUCACAACUACUGAAGCAGCCACUACUACUGCAGCAGAAACAACUACUGCAGCAGACACUUCUACUGAAGCAGCUACAACUACUGAAGCAGCUACAACUACUGCAGAAGACACAACUACUGAAGCAGCCACAACCACUGCAGCAGCCAAAACUACUAUACUACUACUCAGCAGACACUACUACUGAAGCAGCCACUAGUACUGUUCCAGAUACUACUACGCAAGCAGCCACAACUACUGUUCCAGAUACUACUACUGAAGCAGACACAACUACUGAAAAAGCCACAACUACUGCAGCAGACACUACUACUGAAGCAGCAACAACUACUGCAGCAGCCACAACUAUUGUUUCAGUCACAACUACUGAAGCAGCCACUACUACUGCAGCAGAAACAACUACUGCAGCAGACACUUCUACUGAAGCAGCUACAACUACUGAAGCAGCUACAACUACUGCAGAAGACACAACUACUGAAGCAGCCACAACCACUGCAGCAGCCAAAACUACUGUUCCAGAUACUACUACUGAAGCAGCCACAAUUACUGUUCCAGAUACUACUACUGCAGCAGCCACACCUACUGCAGAAGAAACUGCUACUGUUCCAGAUACUACUACUGUUCCAGACAAAACUACUGUUCCAGAUACUACUACUGAAGCAACCACAACUACUGCAACAGACACUACUACUGAAGCAGCCACAACUACUAUUCCAGAUACUGCUACUGAGGCAGCCACAACUACUGUUCCAGAUACUACUACUGCAGCAAACACUACUACUGAAGCAGCCACAACUACUGUUCCAGAUACUACUACUGAAGCAGACACAACUACUGUUCCAGAUAAUACUACUGAAGCAACCACAACUACUGCAGCAGACAUUACUACCGUAGCAGCCACAACUACUGUUCCAGAUACUACUACUGAAGCAGCCACAUCUACGGCUCCAGAAACUACGACCGAAGCAGCCACAACUACUGCAGCAGACACUACUACUGAAGCAGCAACAACUACUGCAACAGAAACUACUACUGAAGCAGCCACAACUACUGUUCCAGAUACUACUACUGCACCAGACACAACUACUGUUCCAGACACUACUACUGAAGCAGCCACAACUAGUGGACCAGACACAACUACUGCACAAGUAACUAUAACUGAAGCAGCCACAACUACUGCAGAAGCCACAACUACUGUUCCAGAAACUACUACUGCAGCAAACACUACUACUAAAGCAGCCACAACUACUGUUUCAGAUACUACUACUGUUCCAGACACAACUUCUGUUCCUGAUACUACUGCUGAAGCAGCCACAACUACUGUUCCAGAUACUACAACUGAAGCAGCCACAACUACUGUAGCAGACACUAAUACUGAAGCAGCCACAACUACUGCAGCAAACACUACUACUGAAGCAGUCACAUCUACUGAAGCAGAUACUACUACUGAAGAAGCAACAACUACUGCAGCAGACACGACUACUGAAGCAGCCACAACUACUGCAGCAGCCACAACUACUGUUCCAGACACAACUACUGAAGCAACCACAAGUACCGCAGCAGACACUACUACUGAAGCAGCCACCACUACUGUUCCAGAUACUACUACUAAAGCAGACACAACUACUGAAGCAGACACUACUACUGAAGCAGCCACAACUAUUGCAGCAGACACUACUACUGAAGCAGCAACAACCACUGCAGCAGACACUACUACUGAAGCAGCCACAACAACUGUUCAAGAUACUACUACUGAAGCAGACACAACUACUGUUCCAGAUACAACUACUGAAGCAGACACAACUACUGCAGAGGACACUACUACUGAAGCAGCCACAACUACUGUUCCAGAUACUACUACUGAAGCAGCCACAACUACUGCAGCAGACACUACUAUUGAAGCAGCCACAACUACUGAAGCAGACACUACUACUGAAGCAGUCACAACUACUGAAGCAGACACUACUACUGAAGAAGCAACAACUACUGCAGCAGACACGACUACUGAAGCAGCCACAAGUACCGCAGCAGACACUACUACUGAAGCAGCAACUACUACUGCAGAAGACACUUCUACUGAAGUAGCCACAACUGCUCCAGAUACUACUACAGAAGCAGCCACAACUACUGCAGCAGACACUACUACCGAAGCAGCCACAACUACUGUUCCAGAUACUACUACUGAAGCAGCCACAACUACUGCUCCAGAUACUACUACUGCACCAGACACAACUACUGUUCCAGACACUACUAUUGAAGCAGCCACAACUAGUGUACCAGACACAACUACUGCACAAGUAACUACACCUGAAGCAGCCACAACUACAGCAGCAGCGACAACUACUGUUCCAGAUACUACUACUGCAGCAAACACUACUACUGAAGCAGCCACAACUACUGUUCCAGAAACUACUACUGAAGCAGCCACAACUAGUGGACCAGACACAACUACUGCACAAGUAACUACAACUGAAGCAGCCACAACUACUGAAGCAGCCACAACAACUGUUCCAGACACUACUAAUGAAGCAGCCACAACUACUGUUACAGAUACUACUACUGCACCAGACACAACUACUGUUCCAGACACUACUAUUGAAGCAGCCACAACUAGUGGACCAGACACAACUACUGCACAAGUAACUACACCUGAAGCAGCCACAACUACUGCAGCAGCCACAACUACUGUUCCAGAUACUACUACCGCAGCAAACACUACUACUGAAGCAGCCACAACUUCUGUUCCUGAUACUACUACUGAAGCAGACACAACUACUGUUCCAGAUACUACUACUGAAGCAACCACAACUACUGCAGCAGACACUACUACCGAAGCAGCCACAACUACUGUUCCAGAUACUACUACUGAAAAAGUCACAACUACUGUUCCAGAUGCUACUACUGCAGCAGACACAACUACUGAAGCAGUCACAACUAUUGCAGCAGACACUUCUACUGUUCCAGAUACUACUACCGAAGUAGAUACUACUACUGAAGCAGCCACAACUACUGCAGCAGACACUGCUACUGUUCCAGAUACUUCUACUGUUCCAGAUACUACUUCUGAAGCAGCCACAACUACUGUUCCAGAUACUACUUCCGAAAUUGACACAACUACUGAAGCAGCCACAAUUACUGCAGCAGACACUACUACUGAAACAGUCACAACUACUGUUCCAGAUACUACUACUGCAGCAGACACAACUACUGAAGGAGCCACAACUACUGCAGCAGACACUACUACUGAAGCAGCCACAACUACUGUUCUAGAUACUCCUACUGAAGCAGCCACAACUACUGUUCCAGACACAACUACUGAAGCAGCCACAACUACUGCAACAGACACUACUACUGAAGCAGCCACAACUACUGCAGCAGACACUACUACUGAAGCAGCCACAACUACUGUAUCAAACACUACUACUGAAGCAGCCACAACUACUGCAGCAGACACAACUACUGAGGAAGCCACAACUACUGCAGCAGAAACUUCUACUGAAGCAAUCAAAACUACUGCUCCAAACACUACUACUGAAGCAAUCACAACUUAUGUAACAGACACAACUACUGCACAGGUAACAGCUACUGAAUCAGCCACUACUACUGAGGCUGUCACAACUACUGCACCAGAUACUACUUCUGAGGCUGUCAAAACUACUUCACCAGACAAUACUACUGAAGCACUCACAACUACUGCACCAGAUACUACUACAGAGACUAUCACAACUACUACACAAGAUAUUACAACUGAGGCUGUCACAACUACAGCACCAGUCAAUACUACAGAAGCACUCACAACUACUGCUCCAGGCACAACUACUGAAGCAGCCACAACUACUGCACCAGACACAACUUCUGAAGCAGUCACAACUACUGCAACAGACAAUUCUACUGAAGCACUCACAACUACUGCACCAGAUACUACUACAGAGGCUGUCACAAAUACUACACCAGAUACUACUACUGAGGCUGUCACAACUACUGCACCAGAUACUACUUCUGAGGCUGUCACAACUACUGCACCAGACAAUACUACUGAAGCACUCACAACUACUGCACCAGAUACUACUACAGAGACUAUCACAACUACUACACAAGAUACUACAACUGAGGCUGUCACAGCUACUGCACCAGUCAAUACUACUGAAGCACUCACAACUACUGCAUCAGAUACUACUACUGAGGCUGUCACAACUACUGCACCAGAUACUACUACUGAGGCUGUCACAACUACUGCACCAGACAAUUCUACUGAAGCAUUCACAACUACUUCACCAGAUACUACUACUGAGGCUGCUGUCACAACUACUGCACCAGAUACUACUACUGAGGCUGUCACAACUACUGCACCAGACAAUACUACUGAAGCACUCACAACUACUGCAUCAGAUACUACUACUGAAGCAGUCACAACUACUGCACCAGAUACUACUACUGAAGUAGUCACAAAAACUGUACUAGAAACAACUACUGAAGCAGUCACAACUACUGCAUCAGACAAUACUACUGAAACACUCACAACUACUGCACCAGAUACUACUACUGAAGUAGUCACAACUACUACACCAGACACUACUACUGAGGCUGUCACAACUACUGCACCAGAUUCUACUUCUGAGGCUGUCACAACUACUGCACCAGACAAUACUACUGAAGCACUGACAACUACUGCACCAGAUGCUACAACUGAGGAUGUCACAACUACUACACCAGAUACUACUACUGAGGCUGUCACUACUACUGCACCAGACAAUACUACUGAAGCACUCACAACUACUGCAACAGAAACAACUACUGAAGCUCUCCAAACUACUGCACCAGAUACUACUACUGAGGCUGUCACAACUACUGCACCAGACAAUACUACUGAAGCACUCACAACUACUGCACCAGAAACAACUACUGAAGCACUCACAACUACUGCACCAGAUACUACUACUGAGGCUGUCACAACUACUACACCAGAUACUACAACUGAGGCUGUCACAACUACUGCACCAGACAAUACUACUGAAGCACUCACAACUACUGCACCAGACACAACUACUGAAGCAGUCACAACUACUGCACCAGACAAUACUACUGAAGCACUCACAACUACUGCAUCAGAUACUACUACUGAGGCUGCUGUCACAACUACUGCACCAGACAAUACUACUGAAGCACUCACAACUACUGCACCAGAAACAACUACUGAAGCUCUCCAAACUACUGCACCAGAUACUACUACUGAGGCUGUCACAACUACUGCACCAGACAAUACUACUGAAGCACUCACAACUACUGCACCAGAAACAACUACUGAAGCACUCACAACUACUGCACCAGAUACUACUACUGAGGCUGUCACAACUACUACACCAGAUACUACAACUGAGGCUGUCACAACUACUGCACCAGACAAUACUACUGAAGCACUCACAACCUCUGCACCAGAUACUCUACUAUGA